GAGCGGCCGGUCGGAGGGGUCCCCGCGCCCCGCACGCCCGCACGCCCGGCCGGCCCGGCCAGGCUCGCAGCGAGCAUGGGCGCGGCGGCCGUGCGCUGGCACUUGUGCCUGCUGCUCGCCCUGGGCACGCGCGGGCGGCUGGCGGGGGGCAGCGGGCUCCCAGGGCCAGUCGACGUGGACGAGUGCUCGGAGGGCACGGAUGACUGCCACAUCGAUGCCAUCUGCCAGAACACGCCCAAGUCCUACAAAUGCCUCUGCAAGCCGGGCUACAAAGGGGAAGGCAGGCAGUGUGAAGACAUCGACGAGUGUGAGAAUGACUACUACAACGGGGGCUGCGUGCACGAGUGCAUCAACAUCCCAGGGAACUACAGGUGCACCUGCUUUGACGGCUUCAUGCUGGCCCACGACGGACACAACUGCCUGGAUGUGGACGAGUGUCAGGACAACAAUGGUGGCUGCCAGCAGAUCUGCGUCAAUGCCAUGGGCAGCUACGAGUGUCAGUGCCACAGUGGCUUUUUCCUCAGCGACAACCAGCAUACCUGCAUCCACCGCUCCAACGAGGGUAUGAACUGCAUGAACAAAGACCACGGCUGUGCCCACAUCUGCCGGGAGACGCCCAAAGGUGGGGUGGCCUGUGACUGCAGGCCCGGCUUUGACCUUGCCCAAAACCAGAAGGACUGCACACUAACCUGUAACUAUGGAAACGGAGGCUGCCAGCACAGCUGUGAGGACACGGACACGGGCCCCAUGUGUGGCUGCCACCAGAAGUACGCCCUCCACUCAGACGGUCGGACGUGCAUCGAGACGUGUGCAGUAAACAACGGAGGCUGCGACCGAACCUGCAGGGAUACGGCCACUGGCGUGCGGUGCAGCUGCCCGGUGGGAUUCACGCUGCAGCCCGACGGAAAGACGUGCAAAGACAUCAACGAGUGCCUGGCCAACAACGGGGGCUGCGACCACUUCUGCCGCAACACCGUGGGCAGCUUCGAGUGCGGCUGCCGUAAGGGCUACAAGCUGCUGACCGACGAGCGGACGUGCCAAGACAUCGACGAGUGCUCCUUCGAGCGGACCUGCGACCACAUCUGCAUCAACUCCCCAGGCAGCUUCCAGUGCCUGUGUCACCGUGGCUACACACUCUAUGGGACAACCCACUGCGGAGAUGUGGACGAGUGCAGCAUGAACAACGGGAGCUGUGACCAGGGCUGUGUCAACACCAAGGGCAGCUACGAAUGCGUCUGCCCCCCGGGGAGGCGGCUCCACUGGAACCGGAAGGACUGUGUGGAGACGGGCAAGUGCCUUUCUCGGGCCAAGGCCUCCCCCUGGGCCCAGCUGUCCUGCAGCAAGGUGGGCGGCAUGGAGAGCUGCUCCCUUUCCUGCCCAGCCCACUCACUCUUCGUGCCAGACUCGGAAAACAGCUACAGCCUGAGCUGCGGCGUCCCGGGUCUCCAGGGCAAGAUGCUGCCGAAGCGCAACAGCACCAGCUCCAGCACUGGGCCCAGCUGCUCAGGUGCGCCUGCCCCCAUCAGGCAGAAGGCCCGCUUCAAGAUCCGAGACGCCAAGUGCCACCUCCGGCCCCACAGCCGGGAGCCAGCAAAGGAGGCCCUGAGGCAGCUGCUGCUGGAAAACUGCCAUCUGACCUUUGUGACCCUCAAAUGUGACUCCUCCAAGAAGAGGCGCCGUGGCAAAAAGUCCCCAUCCAAGGAGGUGACCCACAUCACAGCAGAGUUCGAGGUGGAGACAAAGAUGGAAGAGGCGUCAGACACCUGUGAGGCGGACUGCAUGCGGAAGCGCGCCGAGCAGAGCCUGCAGGCCGCCAUCAAGACUCUGCGGAAGUCCAUCGGCCGGCAGCACUUCUCCGUCCAGGUCGCAGGCACAGAGUACGCGAUGGCCCAGUGGCCGGCCAAGGCCCUGGAGGGCCAGGGGGCGUGCGUCACAGGCCAGGUGUUACAGGACGGGAAAUGCGUGGCCUGCGGGCCUGGCACCUACUUCAGCGGAGAGCCUGGCCAGUGUGUGCCAUGCGCGCCGGGGUCCUACCAGGAUGGGGACGGCCAACUCAGCUGCACGCCAUGCCCCAGCAGCGACGGGCUCGGCCUGGCUGGUGCCCGCAACGUAUCCGAAUGUGGAGGCCAGUGCUCCCCAGGCUUCUUCUCCCCGGAUGGCUUCAGGCCCUGCCAGGCCUGCCCGGUGGGCACGUACCAGCCUGAGCCUGGGCGCACAGGGUGCUUCCCCUGCGGAGGGGGGCUGCUCACCAAGCACGAGGGCACAGUCUCCUUCCAAGACUGUGAGGCCAAAGUGCACUGCUCCCCGGGCCACCACUACAACACCACCAUCCACCGGUGCAUCCGCUGCCCCGUGGGCACCUACCAGCCCGAGUUUGGCCAGAACCACUGCAUCACCUGCCCAGGCAACACCAGCACGGACUUCGAUGGCUCCACCAAUGUCACACACUGCAAAAACCAGCACUGCGGCGGCGAGCUCGGCGACUACACAGGCUACAUCGAGUCCCCCAACUACCCCGGCGACUACCCGGCCAACGCCGAGUGCGUGUGGCACAUCUCGCCGCCCCCCAAGCGCAGGAUCCUCAUCGUGGUCCCCGAGAUCUUCCUGCCCGUGGAGGACGAGUGUGGUGACGUCCUGGUCAUGAGGAAGAGCGCAUCACCCACAUCUAUCACCACCUAUGAGACCUGCCAGACCUAUGAGAGGCCCAUCGCCUUCACCUCCCGCUCCCGGAAGCUCUGGAUCCAGUUCAAAUCCAAUGAAGGCAACAGCGGCAAAGGAUUCCAAGUGCCCUAUGUCACCUAUGACGAGGACUACCAGCAGUUGAUAGAAGAUAUCGUUCGCGAUGGACGGCUCUACGCCUCGGAGAAUCACCAGGAAAUUUUAAAAGACAAGAAGCUCAUCAAGGCCCUCUUUGAUGUGUUGGCGCAUCCCCAGAACUACUUCAAGUACACAGCCCAGGAGUCCAAGGAGAUGUUCCCGCGGUCCUUCAUCAAACUGCUGCGCUCCAAAGUGUCCCGAUUCCUGCGGCCCUACAAAUAAUGCCCUGCUCGGGGAUGGCGGGUGUCCCGACGGGGAGGGGAGCGUGCCUUCCCUCCACAGGAGAGGCUAGAAGGCGGCUCCGCGGGCCUCCACACUCUGCCUUGGGAAGCCACCACGGCGUCUGCCCUUCGGAAACACGGACCAGCCCGUGGGGGUGAGACCACGUCCAGGCCGAGACCCCGGCCCGCCGCACUCCUCGGAUGGCCCCACUGGGAAAAACACUGCGGCUUUUCUCCCUCGCUCCCUCUGCCUGUUCGAUUCCAGGACAGCAGCCUCUCCUGAGCGGCACUAGAGGACCCACCCGGGGCCAGGACACCCUGUGCACAGCCAGGUCCUGGGCAGAGAGCACAUU